GUUGAGUUUCAUUUGUAAUUCAUGGGUGACAGGAAAAAUUAGUCUUUCUUUAAUAACGUCGCCAACUUGCUGGCAUAAAUCAUAUAUUUCAAAACAACAUAAUGAUUCUUGGGAUGCGUGCUCCACAUUUACGGUAUUUCGAUUGCUGAUUUCAUAGCGUAACUUUAAGAUCAUGGUUUUGAUAGUCUACUGAAGUAUAACUAAAGUGUUUAUAAAGCAAUCUUUUUUAAUAGGAGGCAUCUGUUUAUCGAAGACUAACUUGUAAUUCACUAGAUUUAAACCACGCGUAAUUAUUGCAGAAGAAUUUAUUAGCCGUAUACUCUAAUACAAACUACCAUUUGUAUUUGAGCAAAUGUGUAUUUACUCAAGAUAAAUUUUGAUAAAGUACGAGCUAAGGCUUAAAAAUCUCUGAAAAGGAAACAAUCAAAGAUUUGAACUGGAAUAUUAAUGAAAUACACUCCUGGUUUUACAAUUACAAAGUUUCAUUAUUGUAAAGAAAAUACAACCUCUUUUUUCAUAAGUUUGAAAAAGUUACUAUCUAAUGGAUAACGCUAUCCAGGCUUCGUGCAACCGGCCCAGAUGUGUCGACAAGGAGGCAAUUACACAAGUGAAUGAAUAAUCGAAUUGAUCCACCUAACUUAGCUUUUCAAAUGUGAACUAACGCAAAUGAUUGUGUGUCACAGUUCCUAAAAUAACUUAUAUCGAAGAUGAUGAAAAUGGUUGUCCAAAGAUAAAGAAAAUCUUCUUCAUCCGCAUUGACAGCAGUGAGGACCACGGAUGGAAGACUGAGUACUAAUGAGAGGGGAUGUGACAUUUCAAUAUGGCUAAAGAACUUGAAAAAGAUGAAAAUAAUGAUAAAGACUUUUAUAAAGAAUAUAGUGAACAGAAUUAUGAUAGAAUAGAGAAACUUUUUAAGGACUUAGAUCAAAAUAAUGACGGGAAAAUUGACGCUGAAGAAUUGGCGGCCGGCUUAACACGACUGCAAGUUAAACAUUCCAAAGGACAACUUGAAAAAAUUAUGUUACUUGGUGAUAAAAGCAACAAUGGCUACCUUGACUUUGAUGAAUUUUUAAAAUAUGUUUCUGAUCAUGAAAGAAAACUUUGGCUGGUCUUUAAAUCAAUUGAUGUAGAUGAUAAUGGUGUAAUAAGUAUAAAUGAAUUAAAAAAAGCUUUUAAGAAAAUGAGCAUACAUGUUACAGAUAGUGAAUUAAACUAUCUACUUAAAUGCAUGGAUAAAGAUGGCUCAAUGAAAAUUGAUUGGAAUGAAUGGCGAGAAUAUCAUUUAUUAAAUCCCAGCGGUCAUUCUGUUCAUGAUAUUAUACAAUUUUGGAGGCACUCCAGUUAUAUUGAUAUAGGUGAAGAUUUAACAGUUCCUGAUGAAUUUACUGUUGAGGAGAAGGUAACAGGAAUGUGGUGGAGGCAGUUAGUCGCAGGUGGAGGCGCUGGAGUAGUAUCAAGAACAUUUACAGCGCCUCUGGAUCGUCUUAAAGUUUUAUUGCAGGUAAAAGCCACUGGAAAGAAUGAUCUUGGUGUUUUCUCAGGAAUGCGAAAAAUGAUUAAGGAAGGAGGAAUUCGAUCUUUAUGGCGAGGAAACGGUGCAAAUGUCAUCAAAAUUGCACCUGAAUCUGGUGUGAAGUUUUUUUCUUAUGAAAAGGCAAAGAAAUUAUUUAUGACAAAGGAUGGUCAAAUUGAACCAUGGCAAAGAUUGAUAGCGGGUUCUAUGGCAGGAAUUGCUUCACAAUCGUCCAUUUAUCCAAUGGAGGUUUUAAAAACGCGACUAGCGUUAGCGAAAACGGGCCAGUACAAAGGAAUGCUACACGCAAGUCAGAUCAUCCUCGAGAAGGAAGGCUUUCGAACUUUUUACCGGGGACUGGUUCCUAGUUUAUGUGGAAUUAUUCCAUAUGCUGGUAUUGAUCUUGCUGUUUACGAGACAGUAAAACAAGCUUGGUUAAAUUAUCAUAAGAACGAAUCUGCUGAUCCUGGUGUUCUUGUUCUUCUUGCAUGCGGGACAAUCUCCAGUACUUGUGGACAACUUGCAAGCUAUCCCCUUGCUCUUAUAAGAACUAAACUGCAAGCUCAAACUGGUGUUGGUCGAAAUGAAACAGUUCGGGUAUUGGUGUCAAAUAUAUGGCAAGCGGACGGAAUUCGUGGACUUUAUAGGGGAAUUGUUCCUAAUUUCAUGAAAGUAAUUCCCGCAGUUAGUAUCAGUUAUGUUGUUUACGAGAAAUUAAGGACAAUACUUGGUGUUUCUCCGAAACACUAAAUAACUAUGGAGAGAUCACGUAAAAGGUUUUCCAUCUGAAAGUUAUGCCUUCUGGUUGCUGUUGUGAGUUUGUUCUUGUCACGUGGUAUUUCAUGCUGUUUGUUGAUUUGCUGAGCAGAGAGUUUUUGACGCAUGCUCUGUGAUAACAUGCUUUGUUGCGGCAUGAAUGAAUACGCGUGGGCUCAUAAUAUUAUUGGUUAAAAGUUGGUCUUAGGAUUAUUAUGAGGAAUGAAUAAAAAUCAGAGAUUAUCCAUUCAUGCGCGCAACUACGUUUAUCAACAAUCGCUACUUGAUGAGCGGAUGGUACCACACAGUACAUUAUUGAAUACAUUUGAACAUAAUGCGUACCAUGUACGAAAACUACGUUAUUGAUGGUGACAGGUACAGGUACAUGGAUUGCUAAUCAACAAACAAGUUACGCUAUAAUAUAUAUACGUGCCACAUAUUUUAAAUCAUACACAAGACUAUAUUGCAUUAACUUACACAAUUUUUAUUUAUAUGUGUAUGCACGAUAAAAAAACAACAACAGAAAAUUGUUAAUCAAAAUAUAAAAGUCCCAGAAAAUUGAUGUACAAGGUAAA